AGACAUUAUACAGAAUCAGUGAAUGAAAAUAGAACAAAAGUAAUAACUUGGUAAAAUUAAUAUUAUCUGUAGAUUAAUACGUUGUGCUGUGCUGAAAUCAGUCGCGACAAAAUAUUUACCCACUGGAAGAGGAGUGUAGUGCAAGGUGAUAAACGUUAACGACUAAGUGUUGUUGUUGCGUGUGGAUGAGUACGUGAGUUUCGUUUGGUUACCCCAGAAACUCGUACCCUCAAAAAAAGAGAAUUGAAUUUGAUAAAGAGAAAAUAACGACACAACAACCAAGAGUAUAAUAGGGACACAUUCGUGCAACUCCCCGCAGAUAUCGCUUUCGAAUCCCAUACAUUUCUUGCGAAAAUUUUUGGUCGUAUCUAUAGAUUGGGCGAAAUGAAUGCACUCGGUGUAAGAAUAACUCGCAGUGCCAUUACAGCCGGCCAGUGGCGAUCUAUUUUGGGCACAGUUAACACCAAUCAACGACAACAAACUUUCUCAUCUAGCGCUUCUAACGAUUCCAAUGACGGCAACUGUAAUAAAAACAAUGGCAAUGAAAUAACCCGGAAGAACAUUACCGAUGCAGAUAUAAAAAAGUCUGUUUUCAUUUCACAGUCCUAUGACAUUUUCACAAAUCUGGCCUUGGAAGAUUGGCUUUAUCGCAACUUCGAUUUUAGUCGCCAUCAUGUUCUUUUACUUUGGGCAAAUGACCCAUGCGUUGUCAUUGGAAGACACCAAAAUCCUUUCACAGAAGCAAAUGUCUCCAAACUGAUGGACAAAGGCAUAACAUUAGCCAGAAGAAAUAGUGGCGGAGGAGCCGUCUACCAUGAUCGCGGUAAUCUGAACUGCACAUUCUUUACACCACGUGAAAGAUACAAUCGUAAAUAUAAUCUGAAUAUACUUACGCGAGCACUAUUUCGUGAAUGGGCUGUAAAGACGGAGAUAAACAAACGAGACGAUAUUGUGAUUAAUGAAAAAAAGAUUUCUGGUACUGCAGCUAAACUAGGACAUCCGAACGCUUAUCAUCACUGCACACUGUUGGUCAGUGCAAACAAGUUGCACUUGGGAGAGUCAUUGGUUAAAGAAGACGCAAAUUAUAUAAGCAAAGCAACUGCAUCAGUCCGUUCUCCAAUUAGAAAUCUUGUCGAUGUUAAUCGCACCGUUAAUGUACCACAGCUGUUGUCUGCUGUGGGAUACGAGUUUUUGCGCACAUCUGCUACGGAACUGGAAGAUGGGGGCAGUACACAAACGAUGAAACAGCGCGGCUUCCAAUUAGUUAAUCCCACAGAAAAAUGGUUUCCUGGAAUCAAUGUCAUACGACAGGAAUUCAGCUCAUGGGACUGGGUUUUGGGCAAAACCCCUAAAUUCAGUGUUGAGAAAGAACUGGCAAUAAAGGCCGACGAAGACAAACACUUAAAGAUGAAACUAAUUGUAGAAGUUGAUAAGGGCCUCAUGACUGAAAUCGGAAUUGAAAUGCCGAGCGGCGAAAGAGUUCCCAUUGUAUCACAACUACAAAACAAACCAUAUAACGAAAAAAAUUUGAAUAACAUAAUAAGCGCUUUAAAAUUGGUAUCUACGGACAAUGUAAAGCAGGCCAUAAACGGUUUGUGAAAAAUCCUUUUGAUUUAGAUUCAGCUUAAAUAUGCCCUUCGUUCAUUGAAAAAUAAUGCCGAUGCCUUUUACAAGUCGUUGUUACAAGUGUGCAAUUAACGUUAAUUUUUUUUUUAAAUUAAACAUAUUUCUUCAUUAUCACAUUAUGAUUUUAAUUUUUUUAUAAUGUUAAUUUUUUUAUUAAAUAUAUGACAAAGUAUAUUAGAAUAUACCACAAA